CACCUUCUACCAAUCAUUCACCAUGAAGAUCAGCAUAUCCUCCUCCUUGGCUCUCAGCCUUGCAUCAUGGUUUGCCUCAGCCGAUGCCUUCUGGCGCAUGAACUGUGGUAUCUCUCAAGUUGGCAGAAUCGAUCCCAUUCUGAGCCCAAACGCCAUUUCAGGCCACACCCACUUGUUGUCGGGAGCCAUCAGUACGAACCUUGACGCUGUUGUGGCCCUGACCAUACGAUGCUGACCCAGACUAGAUGUCAACACUACCUCCAACUUCGAUAGUUUGUCCGCAGCAUCUUGUACCACGUGUUCCAUCCAAAAAGACAUGAGUGCUUACUGGACUCCAUUGCUCUACUACCAGUACAAAAAUGGCUCUUUCAUCGACGUUCCGAACCAGGGAACCGUGGUCUACUACCUUGGCAGAGGUGAAGACCGUGCAAACAUUAUCCCGUUUCCCUAUGGCUUCAAAAUGGUCUCUGGCGACUCGACGGCUCGGUCAUAUGACAACAGUACCAUGACUUAUGGCAACAAGACAUAUAGUUCAAGACCUGUUUCGGACAGAGUCAGCUUCGUGUGCAUUGACUACAACAACCCACAGCAGGAAACCCCUUACUUGAACAAUACAAACUGCCCGGAUGGCCUUCGAGCCCAGAUCCAAUUCCAAAGCUGCUGGGACGGCAUCAACCUCUACAAGUCCGAUCAGUCACACGUUGCCUACAUGUCCCAGAUCGACAACGGUGUUUGCCCACCAACCCACCCGAAACCCCUGCCGCAUCUCUUCUUCGAGAUUUACUACUUUCCGAACGAGCUUGACACUUCCGAUGGUGGGCAAUUUGUAUUUUCCAACGGUGAUACAACUGGCUACGGGUUCCAUGGCGACUUCUUGAACGCCUGGGAUAAUGAUGUCCUCACCGAGGCUGUUGCUGAAUGCAUCAAUGGCAACCCGAGCGGUGUCAUCGAAGAGUGUGCACCCCUGAAUGCUUCUCAGGAUGAGUACUUCGGCGUCAACUGCCCGGAGCGGGCCUCGCUGGUCGACGAACAAGUCCGGGGAGUCCUGCCCAAGCUUCCAGGAUGCAACGAAGUGACCUAUGGCCCUGCAGCGGCUCCCCAAGGUGUCUGCUCUACUCAGCCCAGCUUGAACGAUCUUCCCAACACCGAUGGACAGAAGAAAGUUGAGCCAGUCGCCAACACCACCACAGUCUCCCUUGCGUCUGGCAAGACUGCAACCUACCAAGGAUGCUACAUCGACGGCACCGGAGCGAGAGCCCUUUCGGGUGCAAGCACCAAGAACUCGACUGGAAUGAGCACAGCGACCUGCGCCGCAUACUGCCAGUACCAGGGUUACUCGGUAUUUGGCACCGAAUAUUCCAGUGAAUGUUAUUGUGGCAACUCGAUUUCUGCAGCAACAACCAACCAAAGCGACUGCGCAAUGGUUUGCUCCGGAAAUAUGACCGAGUACUGCGGUGGCCCUGAUCGCUUGAGUGUGUGGAGUAUCACUGGCAACGCAACAGAGACGUCGACUUCUUCUGGACCUUCAAUCAGUGGCGCGACGUACAUAAGUUGCUACUCGGACAAUGGCAACUCACGAACACUCUCGACGAGAACGACCAGCUCGCAAAUGACGCUCGAGCUAUGUGCGCAGACCGCGCUGAAAGGCAACUAUCAGUACUUCGGCAUUGAAUACGCGUCGGAAUGCUGGACCGGCAACACGCUCGCAACGUCCGCUACGACUCUAGCCGAAGGUAAAUGCAGCAUGAGCUGUUCCGGCAACGCCACCGAGAUGUGCGGAGGACCAGAUGCCUUAUCCUUGUUCAAGAACGACCUGUACGUCGAGCCUGGCAGUCCCAUCUCGGUGACCGUCACCGGCGGCACAGCCAAGUACAUGUUUUCCGGGUGUUACACCGAGGGCACAUCAGGUCGCACGCUGGGUGGCUCGAGCAGCUACUCCACCUCAAGCAGCAACAUGACCGUCGAGAUGUGCGCGACGGCAUGCUAUGCCAAGGGCUACAGCUAUGCAGGUGUUGAGUACUCCAGGGAGUGCUACUGCAAUAACAUCGGCAUCACGAACGGAGGCGCUCUUGCCGCGAAUAGUGCGGACUGCUCGAUGCUGUGCGCCGGAGAUCUGACCGAGUAUUGUGGUGGUUCGAGCAGACUGAACGUGUACAAGUUGAAGAGCACGACGAACGCGACGAGCGCGUCGACGGCGCAACGACGACAUGUGCACAGCAGACACUUUUGGAACGUGCCUUCGUUCUGAGCGUACCUCGGCGGGGAGAGAGCAGAUGAAGGAAUCUAAGACGGGUUGGUGGGAGGUAGGGUUAAUUGUUGGAGAGCGGUUGGGGUUUCUUGAGAUGGUACAGUAUGGGUUCGUCCGCGGGUAUUGCUAUACCGAUGCGGCUGCCGCAAGUGGAUGGUGAUGUUGGAAGCAUGCAGUACGACUUCUUACGGCCGAACCUUUUUAUGAGUCGAUGAAUUAUAGAAUUACUACGUGCCACCGUGGGUACAAUGAUUGAUGGAUUUGAUUUUCGAUCACGAAGUACAGGAUACUUCCAUAAGUGUUUGCGGAGGCCUGCUUUGCGCCUGCUAAUAUACCUAGGUAGUGUAUAAUGAAGCCUCAAAACA